AUGCCAACACUCUUACCGAUGCGCUUUCGCCAGACAACUCUAAAUCUCAUGGACGUCAUCCUAGUCUUGUUAUGCAUGAUCCUGAGUGCACAUGCACAACAAGUACUUCACAAUGGAGAUACCAUCUCAAGGGUCACUAAUGUUUCAGAACAAUUCCGAAUCGAGUUAGCAGAAUGGCAAAUCCUCACGAUUCGAUUUUAUGUCCAUUCUGGACAUGGCAGAGUCAAGUGGUCGCAAGAUCCAACCAUGUCAUGGUCCUCAACGACAUCCGAAAGGUUUGAUUCCUUCUACUCUUCAUCCAGAACCGUCACGACUAGUUAUUUCAAUUCCGUGGAUUUUCCAGUUACCAUUUUCUACCAAGUUUCACCGGAAACAAAUGUGAACUAUUCCUUUAAAGUGGAAGUGACUGAUUUCACGGUUGUGAUGGCUCUGUCCAUUACUGGAAUCUUGUUGGCAAGUUGGGUCAUGGUUGGUUUCAUUGUUGUUACAAUCAUUGUUGUUGUUGUGAUUCGAAGAAAAAGACGGAGAAGAAAUGGUUGGUUGGCCACAGAAGAUGAAAUUUCAUCGUUAACAGACCCUACAGAAUUUAGUGAACCUACUGCUGUCACUCAUUUGUGA